AUGUGUGAAAUGGUUCCUCUGAGACUGCUGGGGUUACUGAUCCAGGUGCUGAGGUUUCCUGGUCUGACUCGUCCAGUCUCUGUUGAGGUUCAGGUGGAGUUUUGCAGAUUUCCAUUCCGCCUUGAGCCUGAUACUUACUCACUUUUACUGGGAGAUAGGGUGCUGAGCAGCAGUGUGGUGUGUCACAGUGUGUGUGAGUGUACGAUGGAUGUACGCCUGCCUCAGUCGCCUCCUGAACUCAAUCUGACGUUACAGUCGUACCUACAGGAGCGGAUGUUAGAAGCCCGAUCCUUCCCGCUGGUUCCUCUGCAGAGCUCCUUCAUGAAGGUCGAGGUCUCCUCCACCAGCGCUCUGCUGAACUGGACUGAGUGGAGGAGCAGCGAACGGACGCAGCACACGGUGUGUGUGGACGGUCAGCGCUGGACGCUGGCGUCUUCUCAGCCGUCGCGCUUGGUGUCAGGACUGCAACCUGGGACACGAUACACGGUCACUGUAGAGCAGGAAACACACAUUACACACGUCAAUAUCACACUCAGGCAGAAGCUGCAGCUGGGUAUAAAGACAGGACGGUGUCCUGAGGGCUGGGUAGCGACCGGAUGGAACUGUUUCCAGGUGAGACGGGAUGUGCAGACCUGGUCUAAGGCACAGCAGCUGUGUGAGAGAACCGGCCCAGGAGUCCGUCUCGCCAUUAUAAAGACAGAUGCUGACUUUCUGUCUGUCUCUUCCAAACUACAAUCCCACAACCACCUGCUGCUGCUGUGGACGUCUCUGAAUGGCCGACGGGAAGAGGGUGUCCCGCGCUGGCUUGAUAACUCCACCUACAGCCUGAGCGUCUCUGUGACAGAGUCUCUCUCAGCCAAUCAGAUGGACUGUUUUGCCCUUCAGAGGAACAGCACAGGACCAGGAUACUUCUUCACCGCUCUGCCGUGUGACAUACAGCUUCCCUACCUCUGCCACACACCAUUGCUGCAGGAGUCCUUCUCUGGCCUGAGUGUAGACAGCGUGCAGGAAACAGAAGCAGUCUUCAGCUGGUCAAACUUUUCUCAGUUACACUCGGCUCUUGGCUCAGGGCUCAGCCUGGACGUUCAUGACCAAAAUGAUAGGCCAGUUUCCACACACACUCCUCUUGGACAUAGAAAGCGUGUGCAUGGACUCACCCCUGGACACGUCUAUCACGUCUCAAUCAGUCUCGCACACCCCAGCGGAGCGUCUCAAACUCUCGGCCCAGUUUUUACCAUUAAAACUAGACCAAACCCUCCACAGAACAUCAAAGUAACAAAAGUCACAUCCAGUCAAGUUGCUCUGUCCUGGGCCGCCCCUGACUCUACCCAUGAUGCCUUGUUUCAGCGAUACUUCCUGUCCUGGGUGGACGUAGCCUCUGGCAGGGGGCGGGGCUUAUGGCUGGACAAAGGAAAUCUCAAUGCUGUGAUUGGUGGGCUGGAAGAUUUUCAUGCCUACAGAAUCAGCCUGGUGUCAGUCACAGCAGAAGGAGUGGAGAGCACUAAGGUCACACCCCUGGAUAUCAUCACUAAGGUUAAUCCACCACACAAUGUUUCAGUAGCAGCUUGUGGGACAGAAAACGUGACCGUAUGCUGGGAGCAGCUGCGUGACGACGAGGUCGACGUGCAACACGUCCAGCUACGGCUGAAGACUUCAAGUCGGAACUCACAGGAAUUCUGGGUGAAAAGCUCCAACUGUAUUACGUUGACGAGGCUUGUGCCUGGUGAGACGUAUGAUGUGGGUGUGGCUACAGAAAAGGGCGGUAACAGGAGCCUGGAGGAAACCGUACAAUUAACACUAAAGCCACAGAUGGUCCGAGACGCUGUCUCGUAUGCAGUGGACACAGUCUCUGUGGUCCUGUUGGUGCAGAUGCCUACGAGUGGUGUUUAUGAUGGCCUGGCUGUAAUUUAUGGCACGACCAGUACCUGGAUUCCGAUGUUCAGUGGGACCAGUAAAGCUAUGGUGGGAAACCUGGUUCCAGGAACAACGUAUGAAUUCCUGCUGUUUGUCACCAGUAGAAACAUAAGCAGUGAUGGCUUCAGGUUGCCCCCGAUCAGAACCUGUCUGGCACCUCCGUUGCGUGUGCGUGCCAGUGUUGUGACGAACCACUCAGUAGAAGUGCUGUGGGAUCGAGCGGAAGGCCAUGAACACACGUAUGAAGCACUUUGUAUGGGUUGCACUGAUACUGUCAUGGUGCAGAAAGUAUCAGAGACUCGAGCGUUAUUUCAGGGUGUGACUGCAGGGAAGCUGUGUAACAUCUCAGUGCGCACAGAGAAGGAGUCCUUCAGAGACAGUGCACCUGUUUUCCUUACUGUCAGAGCUUACCCGAGCCCGGUGACGUUAGUGGCCAAGCGGAGGACGGCGUCGUCUCUGUGUGUGAGCUGGAGCGAGGGUCCUGGAGUGUGUAACGCUUUCAUGCUGGCCUUCGGAAACACCACCUACAAACUGCAGAUGAAGCUCGGUGUUUCUGAAAAGAGAUGGUUUAACUUUGAUCAUCUUCCUCCUGGGACUGUUUACACUGUGGAGAUCAGGAGUGUGAGUGGAGAGAGAGAGAGUCCUCCCACUGCAAUUACUCUUAACACAAUUCCAGCGCCUCCUGAUGCCAUCAGCUUUAUUGAACAGCAAGGAAACGCCAUGUACAUCACCUGGACACCACCGCAUGGACGAGUCACUGGCUACAGGUUGUUUUUCCGGCCCAGCGCCACCACUUCUCCUCCUCACCCAGUCAUCGUUCAUCGUAACCACGUGAAGAUAAAUGAUCUCAUCCCAGGAAGUGAUUACGAGUUUGAGAUCCAGUCCUUCCUCGGGAAAGAUUUCAGCCAGAUUGUCAGCCGGAACACCUUCACUAGUCCUGCAGGAGUGUGCGCUAUCUCUCUGUUACACGUCAACUCCUCGUCCGUCACCCUGGCUUGGGACAUUGGUGUCGGGCAUUUUGAUUUCCACAGGGUGACAGUCAGUAACGAUUCACACCGCUGGAUGUACAGCACGAGCACAGACACUCAGGAACAAACAGUGAGCGGCCUGCAGGACGGAUGCUCCUAUAACGUCACUGUGGAGCGGGUCAGGAAGACGCAGAGCGGGGAAGCUGCCACUCUUACAGUACACACAGUCCCUGCUAUUCCUCAAGAAGUGCAUGUGGUCAGCGUGUCUCCUCGCUCGUUCUCUCUCUACUGGCUGCCAUCUUCUGGAUGCGAUCAGCACUAUUUGGUUCAGCUUACCCCAGACCAUGGCAUUGUCACCCAGAUAACUACACCAGAUGGACAUAUACAGGCCAAUGUGUCCAGUGUGACUCCAGGAACCCAGUAUACAGUGACAGUCAGUGCAGUCGCCUCCUCAGGGCUAAUCUCUGCCGUGAGCCGCUCCAUCACCACCACUGAAUCAGUUCCUGCAGCUCCCUUUAAACCAGAAGGAGAGAGAGUGGGCUCGAAUGGAAUCCUCCUCUCAUGGAAGAUGCCGUCUCCACCUGACCUGAGCAUCCACUCGUUCGUCAUCAGAUACAAGGAAGUGUGUCCGCAUCCUGACCCAACCUUCCUAGAGAUCACAAAGAGCCUGGACAUUCCGGAAACCCUGCUGAACACACUCUCACCAGGAGCCACCUAUAACAUUAAGGUUGCAGCAGUGAACAAGGCAGGAGUCGGACCCUUCAGCCAGUCACUGUACUUCAAAACUUCAGAUGCCCCUCCUGGCAUGGUGACGAACCUCACGGCUUAUGCUCAAAAUCACUCCUCAGUGGUACUGAAAUGGUUUCUACCCAUACGCAUCAAUGGGCUCAUCACCAAGUUCGCAGUUAAAGCCAAACAUGCCAGAACAAGCCAGAUAGUCCACACUCUGGAUCUCAACGCAGAGGAGAUCAUGAAUGGUGCUCUGCCUCACUGCAAUGACGCUGCAGACUUUUUGUCCCGCGGAACUCCAAGCCCCUCCAUAACCUCAGCAGUGACAUCCGCACUGCCGCCUCUCACCAUGUCGGCCAUUCCUCCCGCCUCCAUCUGGAAUGUGCCGAUCUCAGUGGGGAUAGACAUGCUCCGCCCCUAUACAGCCUACGUCUUCGAGGUGUCCGCCUUCACCAGUGACGGCGAGGGACAAGUCGCCAGCACUAUGGUUCGCAUGCCAGAGGCUGCCCCGGAAGAUUCUCCACAGAGUCUGUCUAUAUUAAACAUCACCUCUAAAUCGCUUUCUCUGUCCUGGGAGCCUCCAACCAUCAUCACAGGACGCUUUAGCUACGUCGUCCAGCUCUACGGUCCUGCAGGUCUCAUCAGUGAGAACAGUACGAGUGAGCUGGCGAUCGUUUACACUGGACUGACCCCGUACACACGGUACCGCAUCAUCGUUAUGGCCAAGUCAGCUGGAGCUACUGGGCCUGCUGCGGAAACCAGUAUCUCCACACCUUCAGAGGCUCCUAGCGCAGUGUCGUAUAUCCGAGCAGUAGCUGUGGACCCCACGUCUGUGCGUCUGUCCUGGGGAAGCCCCACCCAGCCUAAUGGUCUCAUCACUCGCUACCGUAUCCUUGUCCUGCAUUAUGAGACGCUCGUACAGGACAUCACACUCCGAGCACUGCUGCAGAAUUCAAGCCAGAACGGUGCUAAUGCUGGAUCGGACUCGGUACCCAUCGUGAGCUCCAUCCAGCCACGACUGUCCACGAGAUCGGCAAUCACGGGCAUGACGUUCCAGCCACGUGACUUCACACAGACAGCAGUCACGAGCUGGAUCGAAGUUCUGCCACCCACGGAAGAGCUUGUCAACUUAUCAUCCAAUCACAUCUCCUACGUAGUGACAAGACUGAGUCCUUUUACCGAUUACAACUUCAGCGUGUCCGCCUUCACUAUUGUAGGAGAAGGACCUGCCGCAUGGACUGCACAGAAAACUCCGGAACAGGUGCCUAGCUCUGUUCAGGAUGUGUCCUAUGAGAACAUAAGCUCCACCUCCAUCUUUGUGAGCUGGAAUCCACCUUUGAACCCCAACGGGAAGAUCACGCACUACACCGUCUAUGUCCAUCACCUGACUGGUCACCAGGUCCAGCAUCGGGUUACAAACACCACCAGUGUCGUUCUAACAGGUUUGGAUAAAUACACACAGUAUAAGGUGCGUGUGGCCGCCUCGACAGCAGCAGGCGAGAGCCCUGGGUCUGAUGAGGAUAACAUCUCUGUACUGACACUUGAGGAUGAACCUGAUUCUCCUCCUUACAACCUGUCUGUUUUAAACACCACGUCAUCCACUGCCACCAUCACCUGGUCUGUUCCUGAGAAACCUAAUGGCAUCAUCGUGUUCUACGAGGUGACCUACAGCAACGCUACGUUCAGUUAUACGGUGAACUCCACAGUUCCCAGUGUCACACUGCACCAUCUGAAACCGUACACUCUCUACAACGUGAGUACACAGGGAUACACACGUCUCGGCCAUGGAGAUCAGACCUCACCUACGCUACAGAUGCUGUCGGGGGAGGAUGUGCCUGGCAGUUCUCCAUACGGUCUUGCCUAUGAGAGCAUUAGCUCCAGCGAGGUGAACGUGUCCUGGUCGCCGCCCCUUGUCCCCAAUGGAGUCAUCUUGUACUACAGUGUAGAGUACUGGAACGCAACACACACUCUGAACAUCACCACACACACGCCGUCUGUCCUCCUGACCAACCUGCGCAAGUACGCACGCUACCGGCUCAGCGUACAAGCCGCCACACGAGUCGGUUUGGGGAACCACAGCAGUGAAAUCCUCAACAUCACCACUCUGGAGGAUGUCCCAAGUUCCCCCCCGCAGUUCUUGUACUACAGGAAGUUGUCAGAUAACCAAGUCGAGUUGUCAUGGCAACCCCCCGAGGAGGCCAACUCGGAGAUUCUGUACUACAGUGUAAGAGUGUGGAACUUGAGCUCUGAGUUUGUAGCGAAUGUGACUGAGGCGUCAGUGGUGGUCAGUGUAGAUGGACCUGGACUGUAUAACGCAUCAGUGAGCAGCUGGACUCGUCUUGGUGAUGGAGGCGUCCUGAUCUACAUCACCUUCAGCACAUCAGAGUCGGUUCCUUCAGACCCUCCUCAGAACGUGUUCUACACACUGCUGUCUCUGAGCAGAGUGAGACUGAGCUGGAGCCCGCCGACUCAGCCGAAUGGCAUCAUACAGUACUACACCAUUUACUACAGUGACAACAUCACCAUCUUCACUGAGCGGGUGCCCGGCUUGUUGCAGUGGGCGGAGCUGGAUGGGCUGAGGGCGGGGCAUGAAUACAGGGUGUGGCUGAGCUCCAGCACGUCUGUGGGUGAUGGGGGGGUGAUGAGCGAUCCCCUUAAUUUCACCAUGCCCGAGGACGUGCCAAGUGGUCCGGUCCAUAAUCUCUCGGCUCAGUUUUACGGCUCUACGGCUGUAGUGAUCAGUUGGGACCCCCCGCUGGAGCCGAACGGUAGAGUGUUCUACCAGCUAAGCCUUCAGGAGGCGGGCAUAACCCACCCGUCAAUCAACCGCACGGAAAAUCAGACCACUACCAAGACGACCACUGAUACGGUUUACCUUUUCACCAAACUCAGGAAGUACUUCCCGUAUGUGCUACGAGUCACCCCGGCAACUAGUGCCGGCUCCGCCUUAGACCACACCUCCGUACUGCACCUGAGAACGGAUGAUGAUGUACCAAGUUCAGCUCCUUUACUGGGUGUGAGCAGGAAUCUCUCCUCCACCUCCAUCCUGGUGUCAUGGUACGCUCCUGUAGAACCCAACGGCGAGAUAAUCGAAUACACCAUAGCUCUACAGGGGCCACAAGGAACCAACACAACAUACACACCCAACCUGCAGCUCACUCUUGAACAGCUCACGCCGUACACAGCGUACAACCUCUCCAUCGCGGCGGCGACUCGCAGGGGCACGGGCCCCUCACUCAUGCUGGCUCUGCACACUGAUGAAGCAGGUCCGAUGUCUCCACCACGAAACCUGAGCAUCUUUAACCACUCUUCGGACUCGGUGUGGCUCCACUGGGAACCCAGUCCGGAGCCCAAUGGCGUUAUUCAACAUUAUGGAUUCAAAAUAGUGGAACUGAACACCAAUGCUGUUAUAUACCAGAACUCCACAGAUGCUUCUACUCAGGCAGAACUGUACGGGUUCAAACCUCAUAGCUCUUACGAGAUUACUGUGUCUGCGUACACAAGAGCGGGCAAUGGGGACCAGUACAGUCUCCCAGUAACCUUUACGACACGUGAGUCAGUGUCUGAGGCGGUUGGAAAUCUGUCCUGUUCAGGCCUGGACUGGGAUUCGGUGUAUAUGGAAUGGGAGCCUCCAGCGAACCCCAAUGGAGAGAUCUUGUUUUACUACAUUGUCUCAGCACAUCACAGGGAGAAGGCAUUACCGCUAAUGUUCGCACACAAACUCGCAUACACUCUCAUUGGCCUGCUCCCCGACACGCUUUAUGACAUCUCUGUGGCUGCUGUUAACUCCGAGGGCCCAGGAAUAGAGGCCAACUGCACUGCGGCCACGCUGCCAGAAUCAGUGCCUGGUCCCCCGCAGUCGCUGUCUGUGGUGAAUAUCAGCUCGGAUGCCGUGACGCUCAGCUGGCUCCGUCCUGCCCGGGUCCCUGGGCUCUUACAAGGAUACAGAGUGAAAAAACAGCUUUUGGAUCUGGCGUGUAAACUAUACGAUGAUGCCUCCUGUGUGGAGAGUGAAGCUGUUCUGUCAGUAAAUGUGACGGGAAAUGAAACAAGGGAGACUAUGGUAACGCUGAAGCCCCUGCUUAAAUACAGACGUUAUCGCGUCAGAGUGGUGGCAUGGACCAACGCCGGAGCUGGAGAACCCACAGAGUGGAUGCACAUUCACACACUAGCAGGAAACCCCGAUGCCCCAGCAACUUCUGUCUCAGCAGUUCCUUUAAUCUCCGAGAUGAAAAUCACAUGGAAGGAGCCGACAAUCAUCUCAGGCCCCACCUCCUACCUCAUAGACGUGAUUGCUCUGGACGGUUCAGAGCGUAAUGUGACGGUAGUGAGGAACGUGGGAGAAAUCUUAAUGGUGGUCAUUGGGAACUUGACUGCGUACACUUAUUACUCAGUGACCGUCACUGCCUUUACUGGAGACAUGGCUGAUGCCCGACGCAACGGCAAGGCAUCUGAGCCCAUCAUCGUCAGGACACUAGAGGGCGAGCCAAAGGACCCACCCAAAAACGUGACCCUGACCGUCAUACCAGAGGAAGUGACCCGUGUGUAUGUAACGUUCUUACCACCAGAUGAGCCUAACGGCAACAUCAGCGCUUAUCGUGUUUAUGUUUUCCGCGAUGGACAACUGGACUUUGAGAUCACCAGACUGCCUGUGGUCAGUAAGCCGAACAAGACCAUGACAGCUCUUAUACAGGGUCUUAAAGGAGGAUUCAACUACAGCAUACAGAUAGCUGCAGUGAAUGGAGCCGGACUCGGGCCCAGGUCAGAAGUUAAACUCAGCAUGCCAAUUAAAGCCCCACCAGUGCCCUCUAAGAGACCCAUAGCUGCCCUGAACAGUGGAGGCGUUGUCAUGGCAACACACCAAACCAUCACUAUCGAGAUGCCUUUGUGUUUCUUCUCAGAUGACAACGGUCCUAUUGAAAGAAUCCAGGUCAUCGUCUCUGAGCCAGCCGUGAUGGACUACAGUAAUGUAUCAAACUGGAAGAGUGUGUUCCUCCAGCCUACUGCCCCGUAUGUGACGGAUGACGGCUUUCCAAAUCCGGAGUGCCCUGAUGAUAUGACUGGCAGGAGCAUACCUGCCAGGACAUACGUGAUAGGAGCAGAGAAAGGAUGUUUCUCUGACGAGGCACAGAUCCUCUGUAACGGGCCUCUCAAACCCAGAACAUACUAUGUAUUUAAAUUCCGUGCAACAAAUAGCAUCGGGCAGUACACGGACUCGGAGUACUCGGAAAGGGUCAGAACGGCAGAUGACAGUCUUUUGACUCGGGAUGAGCAGAUCAUACUCGGAGUGCUCCUGUCUUUUUUCCUGGCGUUGCUUCUGAUUGUAAUUAUAUAUGCAUCUGUGCGGAUUCAUCAGAGGCAGAAGGAGGGUGGCACUUAUUCUCCACGAGAAGCAGAGAUUAUUGAGACCAAGCUGAAACUGGAUCAGCUGAUAGCGAUGGCCGACAUGGAGCUAAAAGAAGAAAAAAUCCAACGGCCGAUCAGUAAGAAGGCUUUCAUUCAGCACGUGGAGGAUCUGUGUGCCAAUGACAACGCCAAGUUUCACGAGGAAUUUGCUGAACUGCCAAAGCUUCUGCAUGACCUGGCGACAUCGGAUGCUGACCUGCCGUGGAACCGCUCCAAAAACCGCUUCACAAACAUUAAACCAUAUAACAAUAAUCGAGUGAAGCUGCUGUCUGAGCCGGGGAUCCCGGGGUCUGACUACAUCAACGCGAGUUUUGUGUCUGGUUAUUUGUGUCCUAAUGAGUUUAUAGCCACUCAGGGACCUCUACCUGGGACCGUCGCUGAUUUCUGGAGAAUGAUUUGGGAAACCAGGACUAAAACCAUAGCCAUGCUGACGCAGUGUUUCGAGAAGGGUCGGAUUCGCUGUCAUCAGUACUGGCCGGAGGAUAACAAGCCGGUUACUGUUUUCGGUGACAUCAUCAUCACAAAGCUGACGGAGGAUGUGCAUCCCGACUGGACGGUCAGAGCGCUCCGAGUCGAGAAGCAUGGCGACUACAUGGUGGUGCAUCACUUUAACUACACUUCCUGGCCAGAGCACGGUGUUCCUGAGUCCAGCUCCACGUUAAUCCAGUUUGUCAAAGCCAUCAGGUCGAACAGAGGUCACGACAACACGACCAUCGUAGUUCACUGCAGUGCGGGCGUGGGCAGAACUGGAGUCUUUAUAGCACUUGACCACCUGAUUCAGCACGUCCGAGACCACGACUUUGUGGACGUGUACGGCCUGGUGGCAGAACUGCGCAGUGAAAGGAUGUGCAUGGUGCAAAACCUGGCUCAGUACAUGUUUCUGUAUCAGAGCACUCUGGAUCUGCUGACCAGCAAAGGCAACAGUCAGUCUAUCUGGUUCGUUAACUACUCAGCGUUGGAGAAAAUGGACUCGCUGGAUGCGAUGGAAGGUGAUGUUGAGCUGGAGUGGGAGGAGACGACGAUGUAAGAGCGCUGAUUUUUAUGCCUGAUGCUUGUGAAGGCUUUAAUUAAGAUCCAAAGCUUUCGAUGACUCGGGGGGUGGGGGGUUGACACUGGGGGGCACUGCGUCCAAACACUGAGCAAACACCAGGAGAGUUCAUGAAAAGCCGACAGUCUGCACACACACGUUUGUUUGUGUGUGUGUGUGUGUGUAAGUAGAAUCACUUCAGACCUUCCUUGCUUCAUUAAUAACUCAUAAGAAUUCUAAAAUACUCGAUCCAGGACAGCACAGUGUACUGAAAUGUACAGUUAAAGGAUUAAAGAUGCUGCUUACUUUUAUUUUGUAUUUUACU